ACCAACCCAAAGCCCAGUAAACCAGUUCCCUUCUUCUUCUUCGUGUUCCAAAUCUCAGCCGAAAUCCACCCGCCAUUUAACAAAAUUUCAGAAUUCCCUCUUCUUCCGCCGAUUUUCACCCAAUUUAGCUCAGGGCUUGCGGCGGUAACUGAAAAUCAUUUACCCUUUUCCGACUUGGCUGCUCGAUGGUUGCCAUCGCCGACGACGUCGUAAGGACGACCUUCCGGAGGAGAAGAUAUUUGGUCUCGUAAUUGGAGUUUGAAGUUGGAAAUUUUAGCGUGCUAUAGUAAGUCGCAAACUUUACACAUCCAAGGAAGAGGGUAAUAGUAGGGUGAAAGAUGCUGAUCCGGCUUAAGAGUCUUCUACCAACAGAGGGUGCUGCAGGGGCAAAACACGUGCCAGCAGAGACUGUGACCGUUGCAUGCCCUGACCACCUUGUACUUGCUGAUCUUCCUGUGGCAAAGGGCAUUGGUGCAGUAACCACCACUACUCUUGUCAAGAAUGUAGGCCGCAGGUCCCGUCGCCAGCUCGGAGAACGCGUCCACUUUUGUGUUAGCUGUGAUUUUCCAAUUGCUAUCUAUGGACGCCUGAGCCCUUGUGAGCAUGCUUUUUGUCUGGAUUGUGCUAGGAGUUACUCAAUAUGCUAUCUUUGCGACGAACGCAUCCAGAAGAUUCAGACAAUCAAAAUGAUGGAGGGGAUCUUCAUUUGUGCAGCCCCUCACUGUCUGAAAUCUUUUCUGAAGAGGGGUGAAUUUGAAUCUCAUAUCCAUGAGAACCAUGCUUACCUUCUUCAGCCAAAUGCAAGCAAAAUGGAUGGAAAUGAAUCAGAAUCUCAGAAUUCCAAACAAUGUACAGUAUCUGAAUCCACCGCUCGUGCUCCACCAAGGCCAUUAGUUUCUCCUGGUUCAAAUUCUCAGCUCUAUGAUCGUGAGGACAAAGCUCGGCUUCAACAGACUAGAGAACAAUCACUUCCAAGGCCAGUCAUGCAGCCCAACCCAGCCCCAGAAUUUGGGCAAGUCCAGAAUAACCCUCCAGACCCCAGUCGCCCCCCAGGUUUUGACAGGCCUGCUCCCCUCAAUCUCUUCCAUCAACAAAGCUAUGAUUCAAUGGGUGCCCCAAUGCAGGAAUCUGGCCAAUUUUCCGAUAAGCAGCAAGGAAUUUUAUCUGAGACUCCCUUUUCUGAAUAUCCACCCAUGCAUUCCAUUCCACCCCCUAAUUAUGCAAUUCCUGUUAAUUCCAAUCAAGUGCGGAUGCCUCUUCCAUUUGGCCUUCCCUUUCUAGUUGAUGGAUCCCGGCAAGUUUAUGGUGCUCCCUAUGAGAUGGCACGACAGGAUUCCGCCCCAGAUGUUGGACCAGAACAGGGGUCAUUACUGGGUUUCCCCCCUGGUUCAGUAGGUAACAUGAACUUUCCGGCUAGUUAUCCACACUCUUGGAAUGCAGGUCAAGCUGGUGCUCCUUUUGAAGCUGCAGCAGGGGGUCAAGGAAAUACAGAUAGUUUCUCUAACUCUGCAGAGCCUCAAGGACAAGCUGCAUUUUAUCAAGGAGAAUAUGGACGGAAUCCCGGUGGUAUGCCCUUCAAUUCUCCGCAAUUGACCAACACUGCAAUGGAACAAGUGCAGGGUGGUAAUAUCAUGGAUCCCAGGGACGGCAAAGGUGUUUUAGCAGCACAGCCCAUGUCACUUCCUCCGCCGCCUCCACCCCCACCUCACAUGUCACAACUCAAACGUAAGUUUUAUGAAGGCGAUAUGGGAUGAGAUGGACAGGGCUAGAUCUGGAAACACGACCACCCCAUGAUGGCUGUUGAUGGCCAAGUCUAGAAAAGAUUAAUAUUUGUAAUUUUCCUCCUUUUUUACCUCCUUGAAACUCGUUGCUUGGUGGUAUUAUUGGUCCAAGGUUCUCUCUUGAGUAUUGUUUUUCCCUGGCUCAGGUCUUUA